AUGCCUUCACGCAGGACACACGACAUUCCUUUCCCUUCGUUCUCCCUUGUAAUGAGCCAGUCUUCGACGAGCAACAUGAGGUUGCCCAGCUACAGGACUUCUCACUUGCUUCGCUUCCACCCUUAUCCAAGAGUAAAGCUAAGCCAACGUGAGAGCCUGAUGAACACUGUAGAUGAUCGCCUGAGCGUUCAGUACGACGUUGUUGAAGAAGACGACACUGCUGGACCGGUGGUUAUCGACUUCUCUGACCUCCAUGAGGAGCAGCAUCCUAAUGUCGAGAAUCUGCAGGAGGCCGUCAAAGUUGUCGAGGCCGGCGCCAAACCUCGCGUCAGGCGCCUUAGCUUGACCGUUUUGAUCAUCGACCUUGCAGUGCUAGUAGCCAGAAAGCUGGCUUUGAAAGCCAGGUAG